AUGGUGGCAUCAAGAUGGAUACGGAUGACACGAGUUGCCCGUACAUAUCCUCGUUGGGUAUGGAAUAAUUGGCCCUUACAUUUCGUUGGUGUUGUAUUUUGCUUUAUUCCGAUGACUGUUAUUGUCAUCUAUGAUAUCAUCAAGUACGGUUCGGGAUAUGAUUCUAUGCCUUAUUAUCGAAAGUAUUACCACGUAGUGCGCCCCGAUGAUCCGAUUGUCAUUCAAUGGAGACCUCCUGAAGAUUACCCAGCACCAUUUCAAACAAAUCGCGCAAAUCGCUGGCCAACUUCUUACUGGAAAGACUAUGGACUUGGCUUAAGGAAAUGGAAGGAUUAA